AGUAUUACUAAUGGCGAUUUUAAUGGCGUAAAAGACUGAUAUGCAGCCAGUCACAAAGCCCAGAAUGUCUUUUGGCGGGGUUGGAAUGAAAUUUUGGAGGCCCAGGCUUGCAGUACUCAGGCGGGCGGGCAUCUGGGAAUAUUAUGACAUAUCCGCUAUCCUCACUCCAGUCAUCGUCAUUUCUCAGUACCAGGUCCAUCCAUUAUAAACACAACGUCCAGCGGCUCCCAUUUUUAGUUCUCUCCCUCCCAAAGACCUCUCACACACACAGCCGCCACCAUGUCACGACAGAUCAACCAACCAUCCAACCAGAUCAAACUCACAAACGUCUCGCUCGUGCGCCUCAAAAAGGGCAAGAAGCGCUUCGAGAUCGCCUGCUACAAGAACAAGGUCCUCGAGUACCGCUCCGGCAUCGAGACGGAUCUCGACAACGUCCUGCAGAUCCCCAACGUGUUCCUCAACGUGUCCAAGGGCCAGACGGCCCCCAAGGAGGACCUCGAGAAGGCGUUUGGCAAGGGGAAAUCGACCGAUGAUAUCAUCCUGGAGAUUCUGAAAAAAGGCGAACUACAAGUCGGCGAGAAGGAGCGGGCCGCCCAGCUAGAACGGGUGCACAAUGAGUUGAUAGGCAUCGUGGCCAGUAAACUCGUCGAUCCGAGGACAAAGAGGGUGUACACGUCGGGCAUGAUCGAGAAGGCGCUCGACAUGCUGAGCUCGGCGGCGCACACCAACAGCGCGGACAAGAGCGCCACGGCCAGUGGCACGGCCACCCCGACGACGACGACGGCUGGCGAAGAGGGCGACGCGAAGCCCUCGCGGGCCAAGGAGCACACCUGGACGGGCGUCGUCACGACCAAGAGCGCAAAGAGCCAGGCCCUGGAGGCCAUGAAGGCACUCAUCGCACACCAGCCCAUCCCCGUGGCCAGGGCACGCAUGAAGCUGAGGGUCACAUGCUCCACAAACGUGCUCAAGCAGGCCGUCAAGUCCAGCGGCGGCGGCGGCGGGAAGGGUGCGUCCAAGGAGGACGACGGGGAGCAAAAGGCGGCCGCCCCAGGGACCGUCAAGGACCGGAUCCUGGGCUACGUGGAGCAGGUGGAAAGUCAGGAUGUCAUGGGGUCCGAGUGGGAGGUCGUGGGCUUCGUGGAGCCGGGCGCGUACAAGGCGCUGUCCGACUUUAUCGCCAACGAGACAAAGGGGCAGGGACGGGCCGAGGUGUUAGAGAUGGCCGUGACACACGAAGACUAACGAUAGAUGCAACGUAGAUAGAUACCCCUGUCCUCAAGCAGCAAACACCCUUCGCAUAUGCACAGCAGAUUUUGUUUUUGAAAUGCUUUUUUGAUCAUUGUUGUCGAUCCUAGCCGUGUGUUCCCGAAAGCAAUCCGUUCAAUAUGCUCAUCAAAGUAGAGAACCCAGCCGUCACGCCUAAUAUCCCACUCCCCAAACGUAGUAGA